AUGGCGAAGCAUUCUAUCCCCUUGCUCAUGGCAAUGGUCUCCAUCCUUCUCACAGCCAUAGCCACCACCCGGGCCGCGAGCCUUGCCCCAGCAGCCGACGACCGGAACUCAAGAAACAUGCCAACCGCGUAUGAAAUGCUAGGGAGGUAUGGCUUCCCACCUGGCAUCCUCCGGAAGGCGUGCAGGGCUACGAGCUCCGGCCAGAUGAACAUCCAGUACAACAGCCGGAUCGCCGGGAAGAUCCAGAACGGCUUGAUCACGGGCCUUGAGGGCGUGAAGGUGAAGAUCUUUAUUCCGUUUAUCCGCGUUCGGGACGUCCGCCGCAACGGCAACGAGCUCAGGCUCCACGCCGGGAAGAUAGCCAAGUCAUUCUCGGCCAACGAUUUCUCCUUCUCCCCACGGUGCAACUGA